AUGAUACUUUCCAUUCUUCUAGCAGCGAGUGUGCUGCCUCUUACCUUUGCCGGUUCUCUGCCUAAGAAAAGCCAAGGGGGACCCGUUGUACGACUACCAUACGUAACAGCAGUAGGCUCCAGCGCCAAUAACGUUGAGUCCUUCAUAGGAAUUCCCUUUGCCCAGCCGCCUGUGGGCCAGUUGAGAUUGAAACCCCCGCAGCCCAUCAACACCAGGCUGGGAACGAUCCAGGCUACUGGCGUGCCUCUAGCCUGCCCUCAACAAGGCAGUCUGACUAUCCCAGACAUUCCGGGAGUGCCCAUCGGACCAGGCAAUCAGACACUGCCUGCUGGAGAGGAUUGUCUCACCCUCAAUGUUCAAAGACCUUGCUCCGCCAAUAGACACAGUCGCCUCCCGGUCAUCUUUUGGAUAUACGGAGGUGCCUUCGAACAAGGAGCAACGCAGCAAUACGACGCCACGCAACUGAUCAACUCCUCGGUAGUGCAAGGAAAGGAAUUUAUUUACGUUGCCGCAAACUACCGCUUGGGUGCAUUUGGUUUUCUGCCAGGCUCUAAGGUGUUGGUAGACGGGUCAUCAAAUCUCGGUCUGUUAGAUCAAAGGCUGGCACUUCAAUGGGUAGCGGACAACAUUGCUUCAUUUGGCGGUGAUCCAAGCCAGGUGACUAUCUGGGGGCAAUCUGCCGGCUCCAUGUCAGUGAUGCACCAAAUGGCUCUAUACAAAGGAGACAACAGAUAUAAAGGCAGGGCGUUAUUCAGGGGUGCCAUCAUGGACAGCGGCGGCAUUACACCGGCAGAUCCUGUCGACUGUCCAAGAGCCGAAGCAGUCUACGAUCAAGUGGUCAAGGCUGCUGGUUGUGCAAAUGCAGCUGAUAGUCUUGCUUGCCUUAGAAGUAUCAACUAUACAACAUUCUAUAAUGCAGCAACCACGCUUCCAGGGCUUGGCACCAACUCCGCUGUUGCUCUUUCUUACCGGCCUCGACCAGAUGGGCUGGUUCUAACAGAGUCGACUGAUGUACUUGUUAAAAAGGGCCAGUACGCCAAAGUCCCCUUCAUCAUCGGCGAUCAAGAAGAUGAGGGCACGCUCAUCUCAUUAAUCCAGACCAACAUCACUACCACUGAUCAGUUAAUCGACUACUCUCAUACCUUCAUGUUUCGAGAUGCUACACGCACUCAGGUUGCCAACUUCAUCAAUCUAUACCCCGAUAACCCAGCUGCAGGGUCGCCAUUCCGAACUGGCGAUCUUAAUAACCUCUAUCCACAGUACAAGCGCAUCGCUGCAAUCAGCGGUGACGUCGCGUUCUCGCUGCAGCGUCGCAAUCUACUCCAAUUCGCCAGUGCUGUCAAUCCACAUACGCCGACCUGGAGUUACCUGGCUACAUACUACUACGGCACGCCCAUCCUCGGCACAUAUCAUAGCAGCGAUAUACCCGUUGUGUACGGCCUGCUAGGGGGCGAGCUGCCUAUCCCUACCUCGACAAUUCAGAGCUUCUACCUGUCGUUUGUGAAGUAUCUUGACCCGAAUGUCGGCGUAGAAGGAUUGCCAAAUUGGCCGCAGUGGACUGACGGCAACAAAUUGAUGAAUUUCAGUGCCACAGCGAACACCUUGAUACCAGAUACCUUUAGACUGGCGGCGUCGAACUACUUAGCCGCCCAAGCUCCAUCCUUUAAUCUCUAA